UUAAGUGCUAAGUUUAGCUCCAGUCUCUCGCGUCUUACGAGUGAAGUGAACAUUAAUUCGAACUCAAAUCAAAAGCAAAUUGUUUUUUUAAGGAUAAAAGUCAUCGUACUUGCAUUCGUGUGAAAUCAACAACAGCAACAACAUAAAACAAGUGCUCAAAAUGAAAUUCAACGCAACUUUCGCUUUAAUCGUGAUCUGCGGUUUGGUGGCCUGCAGCCAGGCAUUGCCUGCCAAGAAGAGGUUGGCCUACUACCAACAACCCGCUGCGGCCCAAUACUAUGCCGCACCACAACGCAUGAUGUUCAUGCGUUACGUCCAACCCUCAUUCGGUACUGCCCGCUCUCACCAAGCCGCUGCCGCACUCGUUGCUGGCGAUUCAGUCGCCACCGGCACUUACCUGCAAGAUUGUGUCCACACAGGAGCCGCCGAUGGUGUUGUUGCUGCUGCUGGACCCGCCGAAACUGUCGGCUUCUCUGGUGAAGUGCAAGAUGAUGCUAUCGCCGCUGCUGGUACCCAUGUUGCCCACUCUGUUGCUGAGGCUUACCCCGGUGCUGUCGCCGCCGCUGAGGAACAACACAAAGUGACCGUACAAGUUGAUUUGGAUCCCGCUGUCAGCGCUGAGGUCAGCGAUGAUGAUGCCAAGGAAGGCCGCGAAUACAAUUACGAUGUGCCAGCUGUCGCUGCUGGUGGCGCUGAUGUUGAGGUUAAUUUGGCUGGUGAAGCCGCUACUGUUGCUGAAGUUGAAAGCCCCGCUGCCGCUGAUGCUGGUACCGCUACCGUGUCGGUUGGUUUCUCCGGCGUUGCUGAGUCGGAAGCACCUGCUGUUGGCAGCGCUGUCGCCUCCAAGGGUAUCGAUGUGAAUGUUAAUUUGCCCGCUCCCGCACCACUUGCUCCCGUUGUUCCAGUUAAACCAGCCAAACGUUACUUGCCAGCCAACAAGAAGAAGGUCAUUGUUGAAUUGGAACAAGCCGCCGAUGCCGAAGAUGAUGCCGAUAACGCCGUUGCUGUGCAAGAUGACGAAGAUGUUGAGGAAGAUGAUGCCUAUGUUCCAGUGCCAGUCGCUCCUAAAGUACCUGCCCGUCGUCCAGUUGCCAGAAAACCCGCUAAGGCCGCCGCCAAGCCAUUGCCAGCUGGUACCUUCUUCCCUGUCGACUUUGGUGGUGCUACCGGUGGUGCCAUCGCCAUUGCCAACUCCUUCAGCACUGGUGAGGGUGGUGCCGCCACCAGCCACGCCAUCGCCUACGGCAAUCCCGAACAGGCUCGUACUCACGUGCGCCCCGUCAGACGUCACUAGAUAUCUCGCGUUAAAUAGAACCUAAUAACUUUUUAAACUCCCAAACCGUAAAGCCCUUUAACAAUUGUUUCUUUAAUUAAAUGUAUUUUUUUUUUUGUUUUUAACUUCUUAGCCCAAUUGUACAUGACGACAACA